AUGGUGCGAGUUAUUAUUAAAGGAGGUGUCUGGAAGAACACAGAGGUUGGUUUUAAACGGUUUCUGUUUGAAAAUUUAAAAUAUUUUAAGGAUGAAAUUCUUAAAGCCGCCAUCAUGAAAUAUGGUAAAAACCAAUGGAGUCGUAUUGCCUCGUUACUUCACAGAAAAUCCGCCAAACAAUGCAAGGUGAAUUUUUGAAACGAUGUACGAUUAACACUUUUGUUCGUUUUUCAGGCUCGUUGGUUUGAAUGGCUGGACCCAGGAAUCAAGAAAACCGAAUGGUCGAGAGAAGAGGACGAGAAAUUACUUCACUUGGCCAAAUUGAUGCCAACACAGUGGAGAACCAUCGCUCCGAUCGUUGGAAGAACCGCCGCUCAGUGUCUGGAACGGUCGGUUUCAAGGAAAAUUCAAAAAAUUCAGAAAUAGAUGCUUGAUAAUUUAAAAAAAACAAAAAUUCGAAAAUUUUUUAGGAAAAUCUCAAACUAAGGGGCUUUAAGAUUAUUUUUUAUGUUCAAAAGAUCAUAUCUUUGGCUGUAAGUGUGCUAAAUUCAUGUUUCAGAUACCAAAAAAUUCAAAAAUCUUUCAAGCAGUACAGACUGUUUUUGCCGUGUGAAAAACAGUUCAACUACCUUUAAUUUCAGCUACGAACAUCUUUUGGAUGAGGCUCAACGAAAAGCUGAAGGACUGGAUGACGAAGUGGUCGAGGCGAGGAAGCUCAAGCCUGGAGAAAUCGAUCCGACCCCAGAAACCAAACCUGCGCGACCUGAUCCUAUUGACAUGGAUGAUGAUGGUACGCAACGAAAAAAAGAAAUAAUAAUAUUAUUAUUUUCUCAGAAUUGGAAAUGCUGUCGGAGGCUCGUGCCCGUUUGGCGAACACACAAGGAAAGAAGGCCAAGAGAAAGGUGAAAAAAAAGUGGGAAGAUUAGAAAAAACAAUAAAUUAUAGGCUCGAGAACGUCAGUUAUCAGAAGCACGUCGGUUGGCAUCACUCCAGAAACGACGUGAAAUGCGAGCUGCCGGACUCCAGGUCGCUCGACAGUUCAGAGCUCGUCAAAAUCAAAUCGAUUACAGUCUUGAGGUUGUUGAAUUAAAGAAAAAAUAAUAUUAAAUUCAUUUUUUUAUAGAUUCCAUUCGAGAAGCAAGUUCCCGCUGGUUUCCAUGAUCCCGGCGAGGAUAAGUACGAAGUUGAAGAUAAGCAUUCGAGGGUGAGUAAAUGCAAAAAUUUCAAGUAUAAUGGCUGAAACUUCGGGAAAAGAUUUCUCUGUCGCCUGAGAACUAAAAAUUGAUUAUUUUAGGCAAUCGCUGAUCAUGAGAAGCCGAAGCGCCGGGAGUUGGAGAAUGAGAAGAGACGAGAAGAUCGCGAUAAACUGAAAAGACGAAAGUAAGUUUUGUUUUCAGAAGUAAACUUGGAAAAAUAGUUUUUUUUUUUAAAUCAAAAAUCAUCAAAUUUAUCAGAAUCCUUCGAAAAAAAUCGCAAAAAGAUUUGAACCUUCAUCUUGAGCUCCGUAGGCUACCGCGCUAGCCCCUGCACCACGCUCUUAGGUGUUAUUCAUUGGCUGAGAUUCCUUGGAAACGUGUUUGAGGAUAGAGAUUUCGAAAAAUCAUAUCUCCAAAGCGAAAAGUUGAGAGCUUGGCCAGUCAAAGAUUGUUUAAGCAAAUUUAUAGAAAAUUCAAUAGCCUAUGCAAAAAUAACCUUAUAGUGAAAGAAAAGAGACGAAAACUGAAAAGCGAUUGUUUUCUAGAGAAGAAGACAACCACGACGCUGUUUUCAACAUCAAAGAGAAGAAACGAAGCAAGUUGGUGCUCCCGGAGCCGCAGAUCAGCGAUCGGGAGCUGGAGCAGAUCGUCAAAAUUGGCCACGCGACAGACAGCGUUCGCCAGUUCCAUGAUGCCACUGCGACUAGGUAUUCGUUGGACGGAAAAACAAAUUUAAAAAAAAUUUCCAGUUCUCUUCUCACCGACUAUUCCGAGUCGGCGAGAGCUAACACUGCUGCAAACCGAGUCGCGCGAACUCCGAUGCCGAAGGACACUAUCCAGAUGGAGCUGGAGAACAUCAUGGCCCUGCAGAACGUCGAAACUCCACUGAAAGGCGGCCUGAACACCCCGCUGCACGAAUCGGAACACCGAGGCGUGCUGCCGACGCCGAGAAUCAACGCCACCCCGAAUACGGUCCUUCAUGCGAUCGCUGCGACUCCCGCUAGCCAGUACGGAGCUCUUGGUGGAGGUGCGUGAGGAUCCUCCAAACAAAAAAAGCCUUUUUUCCACUAAACAUACGAUUACGGCGUUUUCAUAAUAAGCAAGUCAAAACGUUCCGUAAAUUAUGGUGCUUAGAGUUUGAAAACACCGUGACGCACUAUCGCAUAAUCAAAACUUUUUUAGAAUUUGCACUUUUAAGAUGAUAGUUGAAGGACUUUUCCUAGAAAAAGCUGAAAAUGUACUUACUUUUCAAAUAAAUCGCUCAGUAAAUCUUGAGAUGCCUCUAGAGUGUGUGCCUUGUAAUAUAAAAACGGGUCCUGAACAGUUCUAAAACCACCGUAGUAGUACGAUUUACGGCGAUCAUCCCUGAUGCUUUUUUUUUCAUCAGUUACUUUCAAUACGAAGAACGGCUGUGUUGUUCAGAAACUCCCGGAUUCACGCCGAACGCGACGCCGUUCCGCGAUCAGAUGGGUAUCAAUGACGUGGGCGGCUCGUUGGAGCAGAAGGCGCUGCUCAAAAAAGCUUUGGCCGGCCUGCCAACUCCCAAAAAUGACUAUGAGAUAGUGGCGCCGGAUGACGAUGAUCUACCGCCAGAGGAUGAUGAUAAGGUUGGACUGGCCUUCUAAGAUCUCAGAAUACUGUCUGAAAUCUUCUAUACGAUAUUAGGCUUUCAUGUGUCCCUAUAAAUCUGAAAAAAUAACCUCUGCGAUCCUCAAUUCUUUUCAGGGCGUAUUAUUAAAUAUUUUGGAGACUUUCCCUCCAUUCUGUUGUGUAGCAUGUUCUAGAUACUUUCUCUUUUUUUCUGGGCUUCUCUUAACCAUUUCGAAGCUUUUCCGUUAGUUUGAAAAAAGUUCAUUAAAUUUCUGAAAAUCUGGAGGGGUUCCUUCUUUUUUUUUCUUUCAUUGAGUUAUCCUAAUUGAAAAAAGAUUAUUUUUUCAAAAAUAAUUUGAGAAAAAGAAUAGCGGAACUUUAUUUGGAGUAUUUGAAUUUUCUUCAGAAAGACGAAGAAGGCUGGGUGGAAGAUGCUUCAGAACGAGCUGAGCGACGUGCCAAGAUGAAUGCCGAGCGUAGAAUUCGAGAGCUGAAGCUUCGAUCUCAAGUAAAAAUGAAUUACUUUUUCCAUCAAAAGAAGCCAUUACGUGCAGGUCGUCCAACGGGAUCUUCCAAAGCCGGCCAAGGUUCACGAACAGGCGUUCCGACAGUCUGUUGGCGCCACUGACGUGAUGAGGGUAAGCUAAGAUGAACUAUAUAGUCAGCUGAAAAAGGGUACAUGACAAAAAAAAAACCGCGAAAAAGCCGUGAAAAGAUAGCAGAAAAUAAAUGGGAAAAGCCGUGAAAAGAUAGCGGAAAAUAAAUUAUAGAGAGCCUUUUGCAAAAAAGACUCUCUAUAAUCGAAGUUAGACAUAGAAACAUUGAUAGUAAAUAAAUAUUAAGAAAAACAUAAAAAAAAUUCACAAAAAUAACUCGGACCUUGGUAACGCGAAUCUGACGUGUCGGGGCAUUUCUAGUGACCACUUUAGUGACCUCAGCUCUCUUAAGUGACCCUUCAAAGCUAAUUAUUCCAUGGCAGUUUUUUCACAUGUUUUUUUUUGGCUCCAUUUUCGCAGCCAUUUAAUCAUAUACUAGACAAGUUUCUCUAACAAAAUCAUGACCAAACACUCAAUUUUUUUUUCAAAUUUUGAGAAGAAAAACCAUUCCAAAUAUUUAUUCUCUUCAAUUUUUUUUUUCUAUCUCAUAGCCUGUAAACUUCAUUGUGUGAUAUAUUUCGUCAGAAGUGUGACCUCAAGAAGAAUGUUAAAGAUGAGGAGAAGGAGCAGAUGUGUUCAAGGGUUUACUUGGCGGACCCUUGCUGUCAGUCAUCUGGAAAUGAGAGAUUGAUGAUUUAUCAUACUAAUUUAUUCUGUUAGCCUCCAAAAACUUGGCCUUUUUUCCAGGCCGACGACCUAAUCAAGCAGGAAAUGGCGAAGCUUGUCGCCUGGGACGUCGAAAGCAAGACGCCGGCUGAAAUUCCUUCCCGAGAAGAAUUGGAUGAAGCCUCCAGACUUAUAAAGUACCUAAACUCGGCCUAAAAAUAAUAAUCAUUUUUUGAAGAGAAGAAGCGCCUGAAGGGCCAGCGCUCAACGAGGAAAUGUGGUCGGUCGUUAACCAAUGUACCAGCGAAUUGGUCUUUUCCAAGGGGAAAUUUACCCGAAUCGCUGUUCUGUCCAAGUCUGAACAGCUUGAAUCGUUCAAUCAGCAGUUUCAGGUGCGUGAACAAAAUAAUGCCCAAUUUUCCCCAGAUUUACGGAAGUUUUUAACACGAAAAUGAAAAACCAAACAAAUUCCACUGUCCAAACUUCAGAUGUACCGUGAUUGGAUGAAUGCUCGCGCCAAGAAAACAGCCAAAAUCGAGAAGAAGCUGAGGGUGAAGUUGGGCGGUUAUCAGGUUCCUUUUUUCAAUGAAACUUUGAAGCAAAAAAAUUUUUAUUUCAUCUAAUUUUUUUAAAAAAAUAUUAGUGCGCGUUAUGAAAAAAAUGGUAGGAAUACAGUAAUAUUUUUUUGGGUUUUUUUAGACCCCUAGCCCCCCUUCUGAAAAAUCACUGUAAAAAAAUCAAACUUUGAUAAAAUUCAAGGGUAAAAAAAGCAAAAAAACUUGAAUUGGUCGCGCGUUUUUUUCGCAAGACGAUAGGAAUACACUAAUGUUAUCAGGUUUUUUUGAAGAUUUUUUUAAAGUUUGUUUUGAGACCCCCAGUCCCCCAUGAAAAAUCACUGUGAUAACCAUAUUAGAGGUGCUCGGUGAACAAGUAUUUUGUUGCGAAGGCGCCGAGAUCUGCAUAGGAAAUGAGAGAAGCGUUGUUUCGCAUGGAGAUUAUACGCGCAACUCCAAUGUUUGGCGGGUUGUUUCCCAACUUUGUCGGAGCGAAUACUGUCGAGUGAAGUGGCGCUCCGGAUUAUCAUAUUAUUAACAUCGAAACUCGACGAGGUCACGCUGGUUUUUUCAUUUUAACCGCUUUUCAACCUUAAUGAAGUAGGUGUACGCGGAAUCGCUCCAAAGAGUCACGGUUGCCAGUAAUUCUUGACUGAUUUGCUCACAGUUCCAUCUAAAAAGCUUUUUUUCGAAUGCAAGAAAAAAACUUCUUAUACUGCUCCAUGACUUGUUCCCUCGGUUUUCCCAACCGAAAUAGUCGUGAGAGUACGGUAGUCUGUUGAGAUGCGAGAGCCGGGUGCGCUUGUCAGCGGGUGUUCGGCGGAGGCCAUUCAUUGCACCAUCAACGAAUGUCGAAACAGAUCUGCGAAGAAGAGGCCUUUCUAGACACACACAAAUCUCACGGCCAACGAGCUCCCCGGACCAUACAAAGCGUGGCGGGUGCAACAGUGAUUGAUAGGCUCGCAAGGCCAAGAAAAAAAAAUUAGAUGGUCCAUUUAUAUGGUUCUCCAAAAUUUUGAAAUCAUUUGAUUGCUUUUAUGAAUUUUGUAGAUAUCUCAUGGCUUUUGGUUAUGAGGAUCCAUCGUGGAGAGGGCUAAAAAAUGAAUUGUGCCUUAAAAUGCUUUUCUUCUUUUUUUUUUGAACGCUUCCACCUACUUUAAAGUCGAGGAAAACUUCACUGAAAGGCAAUAAAGUUUCCCGUUUCAUCCCCUUCUCAAUAACGUAUUAAUAAAUUGGAUGAGUUUCAAAUGAGUUUUUCAUUUGAGAUCUUUGGAACAGAUCCUGGAUCAUUUUUCAUAGUUGUGUUUGUGUACGGAGUUCUAGAAUGUUGAAUAUGAUUAUUAUUAUUUUUCUGAAAAGUUUAAAAGUGCCUUAGUGGCUCCAAAAAAUGAAAAAAGUUUUUCAAUUUUUUAACUUAUUUAUUUUAUAGACGAUACACGCCAACUUGUCGAAGAAGUUUUCUGAAGUUGAACGCGACUUGGAGCUUUCGAAAAUCGAACGCGAGACCUUUAGGUUUCCUUUUCAGAUUAUUUUAAUUUUCUCACUCAUUGUAUCCCUUUAUUUGCAGACGUCUGGCUGAACACGAACAAAAGGCGAUUCGAAAGCGAGUUUCACGUCUUCAGGAAGAAGUCAAAAAGCAGGAAGAACGCGAGAAAGAGCUGCAGAAGCUCUAUUCUACUCUUUCAGGUACAUUAUCUGCUCAAAAUCAAGGUCGAAUCGAAAAGAAAAAAAAUUUUUUUUUCGGUAUUUUCUCACCGUAACCUUAAUAAAAAGACGCCGCAAGUCAAAGUUGUGUAUUUAAUUUGAGCACAGCCUGAGCUCAGAAAACUCGCUCUGAAAAUUUUUUUUUUUCAUUCACUAUUCAUUGAUUCUCUCGGAGAACCUGCGGUAAAGUUAUUUUUCCAAUCUUUUUAGCCUUGGACUGUUGAUAAAAAUUGCAGAUCAACAAUGGAAACUGUCGCAAAUCGAAGUUCGCGAGAUGGCGACCAGUGGCGAGGCUCCUGUUAAAUACUGA